UUUUAAAAAUUAAUAAAAUGAAUAAAUUAUUUGGGGUCUUAUUUUUAUUUUUAAUAUUUUUAAUGGUUACUGGUGAUGAUUAUGGGCUACCUGAAAUUUGUAAACUUGAACAAGUCACUGGACCUUGUUUAGCUUUAUUUGAACGUUGGUGGUAUGACAUUAAGUUAGGCAAAUGCCAGAAUUUCACUUAUGGCGGCUGUGAUGGUAACGGAAACAAUUUUAAAACUAAAUUAGAAUGCCAACAAACUUGCAAACUUGAACAAGUUGUUGGACCUUGUAAGGCUGCAAUACCACGUUGGUGGUAUGAUAAUGGUGAAUGCAAGGAAUUCAAAUACGGCGGUUGUAAGGGUAACGAUAAUAAUUUCGAAACCCUUCAAGAAUGUCAACAAACAUGCAACGUGUGUGAGCUUGAAAAAGACCCUGGACCUUGUGAAGCCUUAUACCCCCGUUGGUGGUACGACAAGGGGGAAUGCAAGCAAUUUGAAUACGGUGGCUGUAAAGGUAAUGGAAAUAAUUUCAAGACUAAGAAGGAAUGUCAGGAGAGAUGCCAAGUUUAGUUACCUAUCUCAAGUAUU